UGGGUAGCGGUAGAGACGCUUAGACGGGUAUGGAUUGCCGAUCUUUCCGGCACUAAUAAAGGUGGCAAGCGUCUUUUCAAGUGCUGUCUCGACAUUCUCGGAACUCCGAUUUAUCAUUGGUCUUUCUCCACACACUUUAGUACUGUCACCAUUGUUGAGUUUUUGUAUAAUCUCAAUAGCCUUUAA